CAAUGACUCCUAGAACUCAGAAUUUUCUACCAUGUAAUCAUUUGAACACAUCUUUAUCUCAAAAGACAAUCAUGCAUUAUGUUUUCUACCUCUAACUAUAGAGCUAUUACAGUCUGCUGGGAGUACAGAGAGCAAACUGAAUGAUCAGUGUUGGUGACGUAGGAAGCUGUGUUCAUCUGAUUCUCAUGUCAUGGAAUUGAAUAGAAUAGAAUAGCCAGUCGUGUUACUGCCACCAUCAGGAAGAAAACACAAACUACCACCUGCUGCCGAGAGACGAUUGGUCAAGAGUCAACCAGGAGCCAUCCGAAAGCAGGUCUGAAUGAAUGAGAAGCUGCUGGAACACAGCUGUCAGUGUUCUAGAGGAUCCAUGAAGAAGGAAGUUCUUCCUCUAGAAGCAGAACCUUAAACUCAUCACACAGACGGAGUAAAGUUCUGAGAUCAGAUGGAACAAAACCUGAAGGUUUUAACCCUAAAACCAUCAGCAGAAGGUUGAUCUUGGACACAGUUGAAUGUUUCAACCAGACAAUGAGUCCAAACACACAUCAGACGUGGUAAAGAAAUGGUUCCAUCAGGCUGGAAUGAAGGUUCUAGAAUGAAGGUUCUAGACUGUGCUCCUCAAAGUCCUGACUUAGACCCAUCAAGAACCUGAAGAACCAAGGCAGAAAGACAACUGUUGUUGAACUGAACCAGUUCUGUCCAGAAGAGCCGAACUGAGGUGAAAAUGACAAAUUUAACCAAAUAUUAACAUUUGUGUUUGUAUAUUUAUGAUCCAGCAGAUUUAGGUUUAUUUCCAGAAGACCAAUAUUAAAUCUAUGAAAGAACCAAUACAUGAUUGUAUUUAUACUGACAGGACAUCUAUCUCCAGAUAGUUUCACCUGGACUUCUGAUCUGGACCUCAGAAAAAAAUACCUGGUAAAUGAUCUGAAACAAUCAAAUAAACGCUCGAACCCUGACCACAACGUUUUUCUUCCAGACACACUCGGAUCUCUGAACACAGCAGCUGCAGGGAUAUUUCAUGAGAACAUGUUCUGUAGCACCUGACGUGACGUUCUUGUUGUUUUUCAGACCGUCUGUUUCUUCACACACCCUCGCCAUCGGUCCUCACAGAGACCAACAAACACACAGCAGGCUAAUGUGUCAUCAUGCAGUCUGAGCAGCUGCCGGCUGAUUGGAUGGUCGGAAUGGAUCAGCCUCAUAGAUCCAAAAACGUUAUUGAUCUGCAGUGCUUUGAUUGACAGAUCAUUGCUGUUUGUGAUCUUGUUCUCCAUCAAAAAGAUAAGUCUAGAAAAAAUGUUUGAAUAUAAAAUAUUCCAGCAGCUGUUGUCUUUCAAAUAUUCUGUGUCCUGAAAUCCCUGCUUAGCUCCGAGAAGCAAAAAUCUUAAAUCUCUUUAAGAACCAUUUCUUUCAAUGGUCCCUUAAAGAACCCUCAAGGUGCUUCAAGAAACAUCAAAAAGUGCUCUAAAGAGCUUCUGUCAACAAAAAAUUCUCUAAGGAACUACUUUACAAGUAGUCCUUUAUAUUCUUUUUAACCAUCUGAACUCAGAAAAACACAGGUGUUAAAAUCAAAGAUGAUUCUUUACAGUGAAGCCAUAGAGGAAGCAUUUUUAGUUCCAUAAAGAAAAUUUGGUUAAAAAAAAAAAAAAGAAUGGUCUUUGUCAACUCAGAUGGUUCUACUUCGAUAACCUUGGUCAGGAACAACAGGAAUGCACCGGCAUGUCAGAUGAACUUUGUUCUGUGUUGUAAAAACCUGCUUUAGUCUUCGUUUGUUGACUCCGUCCUUCUGGCUGCACAACCUCCAGGAACCUGCUCCUUCUUUUCUGACUUUGGUUCUGCUGGACUCCUGGGUUCAGAGGUCUACUGGAUCCUUCUCAGUUAAAGACAGGUUUUCUUCCAGUGCUGCUCCACAAACCAGCAGCAGGAACCAGCGCCUUUAUCAAUUUUUAAUUCUGCAGCAAACACAAGAACGAGAGGUUAGAGACGUUCUGAACCGGUCUCAAGAAUCUGACGUCUUUGUUUGUCAGAACAUCCAGGAACUACAGGUGAUCUACAAAAUGAAACAGGAAGAGGCUCCACCUGGUGGAACAACCAGGAACUACAGCUGAUCGACAUCUACUGCCAUCAUGGAGAGAAACAGGUUUACUGCAGUACAUCCUACCAUCUAGUACUACAUUUACCGCUACAUUUACCCUCUAGCACUACAUCUAGAUAGGGUUCUACUGGAGCUUUACUACAAAGUUCUACUUCCAGACUGGAGGCAGAAAUGCAGUUUUUCUGAAUCAUUCCAAAAAUAUUCAGUUCCUCUGGACUGAUCUGAAUCCUUAAAGCGUUUUAUCUGGAAAAUGGGUCCGAUCAGCCCUGGUUACCUCUGUGUGUGUGUGUGUGUGUGUGUGUGUGUGUGUGUGUGUGUGUGUGUGUGUGUGUGUGUGUGUGUGUGUGUGUGUGUGUGUGUGUGUCAAUCAGCAGUAAGUGGAGUGUGUUUCUGCAUGACGACGAGACGAUUGGCCGCCUGCAGUAGAUCAAUACAGCGAUCAAUAAAUGGAUGUUGAGAUCCAACAGGUCAUUAUGAGUUACAGUGAACCAAGAGCAACAUUUGGUUAGAACACACACUCCACCUUUAUAUUAACCUCCGUCUCCACCUCUAUCUCCUCCUCCACCUAUGUCUGUCUCUAUCUCCACUUCUAUUUGCGCCUCCACCUCUGUCUCCCCCUCCAUCUCCGCUUCCACCCGUCCUUCUGACCCUCCACCUGCCUCCAUCAGUGUGAUGGUGUUAAACUGAAUUAUGUGUCAUAUUUCAGCUGUCAGGUUGAGUUUCAGAGUCUAAGUGUGUCAGUAAACUGAUCUAAUGACCGGAUCCUGGAACUCACUUCAGCACUUUAACGCUUUACUGACUGUUUUCAUUGUAGUUCUUCUUCCACCAAGACAGAAAAAUACGUUUGGCAGCGAAGACAUUCAGCAUUUCACACAUAUGAAAAACUGAACAGACAUGACCAGCUGGACAGACCCACACUGUUAGCACAAAGGCUGGAAACAGGUGGGAACUGUUAGCCUAGCUAAGCACAAAGGCUGCAAACAGGUGGGAACUGUUAGCCUAGCUAAGCACAAAGGCUGCAAACAGGUGGGAACUGUUAGCCUAGCUUAGCACAAAGGCUGCAAACAGGUGGGAACUGUUAGCCUAGCUAAGCACAAAGGCUGCAAACAGGUGGGAACUGUUAGCCUAGCUUAGCACAAAGGCUGCAAACAGGUGGGAACUGUUAGCCUAGCUAAGCACAAAGGCUGCAAACAGGUGGGAACUGUUAGCCUAGCUUAGCACAAAGGCUGCAAACAGGUGGGAACUGUUAGCCUAGCUAAGCACAAAGGCUGCAAACAGGUGGGAACUGUUAGCCUAGCUUAGCACAAAGGCUGCAAACAGGUGGGAACUGUUAGCCUAGCUAAGCACAAAGGCUGGAAACCGGUGGGAACUGUUAGCCUAGCUAAGCACAAAGGCUGCAAACAGGUGGGAACUGUUAGCCUAGCUUAGCACAAAGGCUGCAAACAGGUGGGAACUGUUAGCCUAGCUUAGCACAAAGGCUGCAAACAGGUGGGAACUGUUAGCCUAGCUUAGCACAAAGGCUGCAAACAGGUGGGAACUGUUAGCCUAGCUUAGCACAAAGGCUGGAAACCGGUGGGAACUGUUAGCCUAGCUUAGCACAAAGGCUGGAAACCGGUGGGAACUGUUAGCCUAGCUUAGCACAAAGGCUGCAAACAGGUGGGAACUGUUAGCCUAGCUAAGCACAAAGGCUGGAAACCGGUGGGAACUGUUAGCCUAGCUAAGCACAAAGGCUGCAAACAGGUGGGAACUGUUAGCCUAGCUUAGCACAAAGGCUGGAAACAGGUGGGAACUGUUAGCCUAGCUAAGCACAAAGGCUGGAAACCGGUGGGAACUGUUAGCCUAGCUUAGCACAAAGGUUGGAAACAGGUGGGAACUGUAAGCUUAGCUUAGCACAAAGGCCGGAAACAGGUGGGAACUGUAAGCUUAGCACAAAGGCUGGAAACAGGUGGGAACUGUAAGCUUAGCACAAAGGCUGGAAACAGGUGGGAACUGUCAGCCUAGCUUAGCAUAAAGACGUAACACAAAGGAAAACAGCUAGCCUAGCUUAGCGUAACGACUGGAAGCAGAGGAAAACUGCUAGCUUAGCAUAAAGAUUUCAGACAGAAGAAAACAGCUAGCCUAGCUUAGCAUAAAGGUUGGAAACAGGUGGGAACUGUUAGUCUAGCUUAGCACAAAGGCUGGAAACAGGUGGGAAUUGUUAGCCUAGCUUACCACAAAGGCCGGAAACAGGUGGGAACUAUUAGGCUAGCUUAGCAUAAAGACGUAAAGCAGAGGAAAACAGCUAGCCUAGCUUAGCAUAAAGACAAUAAGCAGAAGAAAACAGCUCGCCUAGCUUAACAUAAAAACAUUAAGCAGAGGAAAACAGCUAGCAUAGCUUAGCAGAACUCUGCAGUGUAUCGUGGAUCAACAGAUGACCAUCACAAAUUACUGAUUUACUGAAGGAAACUAAAGUCAGAUUCUCAGGCAGCUUCUGCCUGACGGAUGAUCGAUGAUUUCACAGCAUUUAACUUAAUAUUAAUUAAUUUAACGUCUACAGCGAGGAGUUUAACCUCAGAAACCAAAGGAAUAUUCUUCCCUCAUCGUGCCACUCUGUAAAGCUCAGUGUUGUGUGUGAAUCACGCAGACCAUCGAUGCAGAGGAAGCAUGAAGUGUUGCUCAUAACAGCAGAUAUCAUCUAUUGAUCAGCUGCUCUGCAGGAGCCAAUCAGCUGUCAGUCUGGGUAAGUAAAUUAAAGUGUGAGGCCCCCGGGGCUUAACAAAGGAGGAGGCUACAGCUGUGGCCGAUCGAUGACGAGGGAGGAGACAGAAGCACUCCCUGCUGCUCACAGAGACACAGCAGCAUGAGACUGAGCAGAGAACCUUGAGAGAACCCUGAGAGAACACAGAGAGAACCCUGUGCAGCUGAAAGCUCUACUGGAACGUUCCUUCAGACCUCCGGAGGACGAUGCCGUUGAACCUGGGGAGGCUGCUGAUGCUGGUGGUGGUCAUGGUGACGCUGGUCCCAGAUGAAGCAGCCAGAGUGGUCAGCGGUCAGACGGUGUGUAUGGGCGGUCCCGAGAGUCCGUGCUAUAAGAUGGCGUAUUUCCAGGACGUGUCGAGCCGUGUGGCCUUCAGGGAGGCAGUCCAGGCCUGUGAGAUGGACGGAGGAUCGCUGCUCAGCAUCCAGAGUCCUACAGAGCAGAGAGACAUCGAAAACCUUCUGCAGGAGCUGCGUUCAGGUGCGGUGGGCGGAGCCUCAGCUGGCAGAGGAGGGAUCUCUGACGGAGAUUUCUGGAUCGGGCUGACCCGUGUGGAUCAAACUGAACCCAGCAACUCCUUCACUUCCUGUCCACAGCUGUACCAGUGGACGGACGGUAGCGUGGCCACCUUCAGGAACUGGUACCUGGACGAGCCGUCCUGCGGCGGCGAGGCGUGCGUCGUCAUGUACCAUCAGCCCACUGCACUGCCUGGUCUGGGCGGGGCUUAUCUCUAUCAAUGGAACGACGACCGCUGCAACAUGAAGCACAACUUCAUCUGUAAAUACGAACCAGAGAGCCACCUGUUGAAUGAACACAGCAACUCACCUGGAGGGAGGGACACAGUGACUGCAGGUGGAGGUGUGGUCACUCAGUCUGCAGGUGAGGAGGUUCCCUCUGAGGUCACCACAGCUGGAGCUUCAGGCAUGCUGCUGCUCUACGUCGUCAUCCCGACCAUCCCGUUGCUGCUGCUCAUCCUGGUGGCUUCUGGGACUUGUUGUUUUCAGAGGAUCAGCAGAAGUGACCCCCAAACCAAGACCGCCACCGACCAAUCAACCCUGUGGAUCUCCAGGACGGCCAAACCCAACGGCAUGGAGGUCUGACAUCACAGUCACAACACGACGCUGCACACAGCUCGCCCAAUCACCGUCGUCAUCACGUGGUGAUGUCAUCAAAGGCUGUAUUUGGACUUUCAUUCAGAACUGCUGAUCAAGUGUUGAAGUUCAUUUCCCAUCGUUCCUUUCCUCUCUGAGAUCUGGUUUCAGUCUUUCUCAUGUUUCUGCUCUCAUCAUUAUUUCACUCGUUCUUCCCUUCUCUUCCUUUUUUGCUCUUUGUCACUUCUGUUCUGCUGGUAGAAUGUGUUGAUAGAUGUUCAUGAAGGACUCACUACAGGGGGCGGGGUCAUCAUCUGGGAGGAGUCACUACAGGGGGCGGGGUCAUCAUCUGGGAGGAGUCACUACAGGGGCGGGGUCAUCAUCUGGGAGGAGUCACUACAGGGGCGGGGUCAUCAUCUGGGAGGACUCACUACAGGGGGCGGGGUCAUCAUCGGGGAGGAGCCACUGCAGUGGGCGGGGUCAUCAUCUGGGACGAGUCACUACAGGGGGCGGGGUCAUCAUCGGUGAGGAGCCACUACAGGGGGCGGGGUCAUCAUCUGGGAGGAGUCACUACAGGGGGCGGGGUCAUCAUCUGGGAGGAGUCACUACAGGAGGCGGGGUCAUCAUCUGGGAGGAGUCACUACAGGGGGCGGGGUCAUCAUCUGGGAGGAGUCACUACAGGGGGCGGGGUCAUCAUCUGGGAGGAGCCACUACAGGGGACGGGGUCAUCAUCUGGGAGGAGCCACUGCAGUGGGCGGGGUCAUCAUCUGGGACGAGUCACUACAGGGGGCGGGGUCAUCAUCUGGGACGAGUCACUACAGGGGGCGGGGUCAUCAUCUGGGAGGAGUCACUACAGGGGGCGGGGUCAUCAUCUGGGACGAGUCACUACAGGGGGCGGGGUCAUCAUCUGGGAGGAGUCACUACAGGGGGCGGGGUCAUCAUCUGGGACGAGUCACUACAGGGGGUUAGUUUGGUUGGCCAGUGAGGAGCAGCAGGUCUGCAUGAUGUUUUCUAGAUCACAUGAGCUGACAAAACGAAAACAUGAAGAAAGAGUCGGAUUAAUUUCAAAUCUGAGGAGCUCAGUCAAAAAACCUCAAGAUCAACUUUUAACUGUUGAAAAUAACUGAUGGAUGUUAAUGAUUAAUCAUUCAAUUACUGUUAUUAAUUUAUAAUAUAUUAAACAAUGAGGCAGAAGGUCAUGAAUUUGAGAAGAAUCAUAGAUCAGCUGUAGUUCCUGGUUGUGGGUUCCAGGUGGCGCCUCUUCCUGGUUAAUCCUGUAGAGACCAGAGGAGGCUUCAGGUUAAAGCAGAGAGCAUUGUGGGAGUUUAGCUGGUAAAGGGGCACCAUGACAAAGACUAAUGAGGAGCUUAAUGAUCAAUCAAUGCUUUCCAAACCUUCUAGCAGCCGUUCAAACAACAACACAGCUGUUCUGCUAUGAAUGUACUGAUGGUCCCUGAACACCUCAUUAGCUCAGCAUUUGCUAAUGGAUAGACCCAAUGUUUACAGACGGUCCCUGAACGCCUCACAGUGCAGACUGAUGCUGCUCAGAGGCGUGAGGAAAACUUUGAACAGAGUCAGAUAAAGCCAGCGGCGUAACGGACGCGGGGUACGCAUGGGACAUGUCCCCCGCACUUUCCACAUCUGUCCCCUCUGUCCCCCGCACUUUUUUCAGCCGUUACAACAGCUAAACCCGUUAUUAGCAUCCAGUAUCGUGUUUUCCCGAGCCGUCUUUGAAUGCACCAUGAGCGCAUGCUAACGCAGGUGUUCCACAGGAGACGUGCUGCUGUGCUGAGCAGUGCUGAACGUGCGUCUGGAGUAAUGUUUAGCAAACCAGCCAGAGCUAGCAAGAAGCAAAAAACUUUACACAGUUCUUUCCAAACAAACCGUGUAAGUUGUGUGACCUUGUUGGAUGCAAACAAUGUUAGACUUGUUCGCUAAAUGAUGACAAGGUAAAACGUGGCGAUAUAUCAAUAUGUUAAGCUAGUUAAUAAUAAUUUAAAUGUUGCCUCUGUUACAUUACUGCUAAUUAGUUUAUUCUUGGAAUAAACCCAGUCCUCUUUCAUUUCUGGGCAGAAGAUGUGCUCACAAUUGCUCUCCAUGUAUUUAAGUCUUUUGGUCCCAAAAGAGGAGAGUCAGAGAGGAGAAAAAAGAAUAGGCUAUCUAUGGUAUAAAUUUACAACUAUUUUUACUGCUUCUCUUUCUAAUUCUAUCUCAGAAUUUUGAUUUUCAGAUUUUUUUAAUGAUUAUUUCCAUAACAAAGAGCAGAGUCAGGCAGGAGAUGGACCAGAGGCAGUAAUGUGACCAUGCAGGGUCUGCAGAGGUGAAAAAAAAAAAUGUAUCUAUGGGUUAAAGUGAUUUUGAGGUUAAAUUCUACUGCAAUUUUUACUCUUCCUAAUGCUAUUUCAGAAUUUUUCUUACCACAUUUUUUAUGUUUAUUGCCAUAACAGAAAGAGCAGAGUCAGGGAGGAGAUGGAUCAGAGGCCAGCAGCAGGGACAAGGAUGUAGGGUCUUUACAGCCACAAUACUGAGCCAGCUGUUCUGCCUCACCGGUUCCUGCCUGAACUCUGACCAUCAGGACCUCCAUCUCUGAAGGCUCUUUACUCAGUUUGAGGAUAAAUAGAGACCUCACACCAGCUCCCAGGUUCAAACAUGCUGGAGGUCACCAGGACAGAACGUCACGGAUAGAAAAAUGUAUGAAAUGUAGUUUUAUUGCUUGAUAACCCAAAACUUGUUGAAUAUUUGCAUCUUUGUACUAGCACACAGCUGAUGGGAUGUUGUUUAUUCUGCAGAUACAGCACUGUAAAUAAUCACGGUUUCCAUCAUUGAUCAAUGUGUUGAUUAUUUUUUUAUUGAUGGAAAGAUUCCAGGAUUAAAAUCUGCAUCUUCAGAUGUUUUGUUUAGUUUGGUCGACAGUCUGAAACCCAGAGGAAUCAGAAAACAUUGACUGCUGCAAACCUAAUCUGGUUGGUUGACUGAUUGAUGACUGUGGGUGUUUCUAGCCGUUAGUGUUGGGUUUACUGAGCUGCUGGCGCCCCCUGCAGGAUCUCUGCUCUCCUCCUCUUUAUCUGAGAAACUAAUAAAAAUGUUGAACUUGUUGUGGAUCAAAGCUUGCCAGUAGAACGUGGAUGUGCUGAUUGUGUUUUCCAUGUCCUGAUCCUGUUGUCAGAAUAUAAAGCAGAUCUCAGUGUCUGAAAUGUGCCUUCAGAACCCUGACUGUGUUCUCAGUGGAUUCAUUAAACGUUUGCUGAAAACAUGUUUGUUCUGCAGCUCAAACUAA